AAAGUCCUGGCACUCGCUGGCACGGCUCCACUUUGACACCUUCAUUUAUCGAACUAACGGGACUGACUUCCACGCACUUCGUACGAACAAUUGACGCGCGCGGCACUCUGGCCCGUGUUUUCUUGAAAUCGCGCUUCAAAUGGCGCGCUCGAGGCUUCCAUUCAGUUGUCAUCGUUUGCCCCAGCUGAUUAGGGAAAUCAGCACCAGUUGGGUUGUGCAGCCCAUUCUCUAGUUUAGAUGCCCAGGAAGUGAAGUAGAUUAUAACUGAAAAUGACUGCCACAACGGAAACAAGAAAACGUUCUCGGGAAGAUGACAGCUGCGAUUCGAUGCCUUUGUCAAAAAGAAUCAACAAUUUGCACAUCAACAAUGGCAUACAGGAUUUCGCAGCGAAUGGGAAUAGUUUAGCUCAUGGUAGCAAUACGCACCACCCAAUGCAACACAUGAAUGGAGGAGGCGCAGGUCACGGGGCACACCCCGCACUGCGUGGAGAAAACUGCUUUGCAUCGCAGAUCGCUGAAGCCAACCCUCAGGAGCCUCUGCCCCCUGGUUACAGCCCAGAACUCACUCAGCACGAAAAUCCUUAUUACUAUAACAAAAACAAAUUGUUGUAUGAACUUCAUCUCGAAAGAAUGCGAAGGACUCACCACCCUUAGACUGAGCCAGCUGCGGUGAUAUUUUAUAAGUUUUCGUUUUAAGUUUUGUUAUUUAUACACUAAAUAUCCUCUAAGUGAGUUUGAACAGAAGCAUUGGAUGCAAGCCAGGCGCCUAGCAGGCUUUGAGAGCAGACAGUGUUGAACUACCGUUACACGUGAUUUAUUCCUCUUUACUGUCGAUUCAAAUAUUUUUGGAGAACUUCCCUUUAGUGGAGGAGUUGUGAAUUGUGUCCUCUACCGUAAUCUCGCUUUGGAAUUUUAUAUAAAAGAAAUACUAGUUAAUAAACGGUACCUGCCGAA